GAGAAGCGUAAAACGUUUAUCAGGAAAAUUUAUAAAUACGUAGAAAGUUUCAACAAAAAUGGGUUCCUCAUCGUCCGGAAAAAAGCACAAAAAAGACAAAAAGCACCGACAUCGGUCCCGUUCGAACGAACGCCAUCAAAGGGAGGUAUUGGAGGAGGAGGUGACAUUGGAUCUAACAGACGAAUCGUCACACCACAGACACCACAAGCAUAAGAAACACAAGGAGCAUAAGCACAAGGAACACAAGCACCGGGAGCAUAAGCACAAGGAGCGUGAACGACCCAGUGAGAUAAUUUCAUUGGAGGAGUCGGAUUCUGACAGCUCUGACUGUGUGGAGGUGCCUGUGGAGGUGCCAAUCGCCAAACCAGACGUACGGGAUCGUGAAAAGGAACGUGAGAGGGAGCGUGAAAAGGAGCGUGAAAGAGAUCGUGAAAGAGAUCGUGAAAGAGAUCGUGAAAGAGAUCGCGAAAGAGAGCGCGAGAGAGACCGUGAUAGAGAGCGCGAUAGAGAGCGCGAAAGGGAUCGUGAGAGGGAACGUGAAAAAGAACGAGAGCUUUCUCCACCUCCGCCUCCACAGAUAUCGAAACAUGCUGACUAUGAUCGACGACGUGAGCGAGAUACAGAACGGGAACGUCGAAAACGUGCCAUCAGAGAAAAUGAGCGGGCUCGAGAACGCUCCCGCUCCAAAUCUCUGCCACGUUCACAUUCGCCUAUUCCAGAAAAUGGGGCUGGCGAUGUACUCUCAAUUGAAGAGACCAAUAAACUUCGUGCCAAGCUUGGCCUAAAGCCCUUAGAAGUGGACUCGGGGCCAGUGAAAGCUGCACCCUCGAGCAGCAACAGCGGUCAAGACAGCAUGAAGAGAUCGGCUGCAGAUAAGGAUCUUGCCUCGUACAAAGAUGAAUGGGGUGAAUUUCUUCACAAGCCUGCCGACAAUAUCAAGGAGAAAAAAGAAGCCGAGAAACUGCGCGAGAAGCUCAAGCAACGCAAAGAAAAAAGGUUUCUGGAGGAGCGUUUGGCCCGCCUACGAACGUUGGGCGAAUCCGACGAAGAAACCGAUAACGUGUCCACAUGGGUAGAGCGGAAUAAGCGAGUAGUUAAUCAACGUGAGGAAGCUGAUCGAAGAGCUAAGGAGUUGGAAGAGCUGGAUGUGGCAUUUGGCGUGCAAGAGAUGGUGGAGAAAGAAAAGGGAAAUCAGCGCCAAAAAGCCUACGGGGAUAAAAAUUUGAAGGGUUUGCGCGUUGAGCACGAUGUGGAUGAUUUUGGUGAAGGUCGAACGGUUAUCUUAACGCUAAAGGAUCAAGAUGUGCUUGAUGAAGAGGCUGGGGAUACCUUGGUUAAUGUCAAUAUGCUAGAUGAUGAACGCUACAAGACGAAUGUAAAGAAUAAGAAAUUAAAUCCAUUAAGUUAUGGUUACAACGUGUACGAAGAACAAUACGAUGAGCUUGGAAAUCCUAUUGAGCGAUCUGUAUUGGAGAAAUAUGACGAGGACAUUGAUGGUAAGCCGACGAGGCGCAAGAACUUUGUCAUUGGUGAGAAUAUAGAAGAGGACCGCGAGCACAGGCGCAAGCUGCUAGAAAUCAAAACGAAACUGGCGGGCAAACGUUUGGAAACUUUGCAAGAUACGAAUAUACAGCUGGCUUCUGACACUUUCAGCGCAGAGGAGCUUGCAAAAUUCAAGAAACCCAAGAAAAAAGUGAAAAAGUUAAGACAAAAACUCAAAGCUGAGGACUUGGAACCCAUUGCAGAGGCAAGUAGUUCUACUAACUUUGGCAGUCGGCAUGGGCGUCACCGGGACCCCGAAGAUGUUGAAAUGGAUGAUGUCAAACCCCCAUUGAAAAUGGAGAACGAUGAUGACGAUCUGGAGCGUGUGCUCUCAAAGGCCCGCAAACUGAAGCAAAAGGAAAAUAUAAUCAAAAAACCUUUGCCAAUAGACAUGGAGGCCAUCAAGCAGGAUAUAAAACCAGAGCCAGUAGAUGAUGCCAGCAGUGGUGUGAUGCUCAAUAGCGCCGAUGGACACAUUGUUCUUAAUGCAACCGCUGAAUUUUGUCGCACUUUGGGCGAUAUUCCCACAUAUGGCAUGGCGGGUAAUCGUAACGAAGAUUCCAACGAUAUGAUGGAUUUCGAUGCAGAAGAAGGGCCGGACGAGCAUAUGGAUACGCAGCGAGAUGCGCCUACGCAAAGUCAUGGCACUUGGAAUUCGGUCAAUCCUGAUGAAGUUAUGCAGCCAGCAGAUCUCGACAACCUUGGUGACGAUGUUGAGGAACGUGCUAUACUCGAUGAGGAGCCAGAUGUGGGCGCUGGCGUGGCGAAUGCGUUGAGAUUGGCAUUAUCAAAGGGUUAUCUUGAAAAGGAAGAAAAAAAUAGGCCAAGUAAUACAAAAAUGGCACAUUUGCAGGCCAAAAAUUACUCUAUUGAGGACAAGGCCGCUGGUGAGGAUGAAAAGUUUGGGCGUCGCGAUCGUUUCCAUGCCGGUCCGAUUAUGGACUUCAAGGACAAAGAAACAUUCAAGCCUAAUGUUAAGCUCGAUUAUAUCGAUGAUAAUGGCCGCAUAUUGAACCUCAAAGAAGCGUUCCGCUACCUUUCCCAUAAAUUUCAUGGCAAGGGUCCAGGCAAAAAUAAGAUUGAGAAGCGUUUAAAAAAAAUGGAACAGGACGGCCUAAUGAAGACGAUGAGCUCUACGGACACGCCGUUGGGCACACUUACCAUGCUCCAGCAGAAGCAGAAAGAAACCAAGACGCCAUAUGUAGUGCUUAGCGGUAGCAGUAAAAAUUCUGCUGGCGUUAGCGGCGCCUCCUUAGCAAAGUUCAAGUAGUAGAUGGAAAUAAGUUUUUUUAGCAUUAAAAAUCACAAUAGCCACAACCAAAAUGCAAUAGUAACUUCCAAAAUCCACUAAAUACUUACAAUAGUACGUAUACCUAAGUUUAGAUGCACACACACACAACCACACACACACAUUAUAUAUACAAAUAUUAUCUCUCACCAUAAACUAUGUAAUCAGCAAAUAAAUUGCAGCUUAAAAACUUCA